CCUAUGUGUUUCCGUAUCCGGUCCAUUACCAAUGUAAACAAGCGUUGUUGAUAGGCGCAUAUAAAUGGCAAGCAUAAAACCCAAAGCUCCUGGCUAUCUUCAAGGACGUGGUUAUCAAAGACCGAAGGCAGUCAUCAGUGACCGUGAAAUAAGGUUUAAGUGUUUUCUGCAAAACACUAUCAUUGAUGUUCUUCGGGCCAGACCUGGUUGGCAAGAAGUACAAGGUGAGGAGGAAUGGGACUUUUACUGGUGUGACAGGGAAUGGAUGCUUGCCAACUAUGAUACAAUCUUCUUACAGGAGCAUCAGAAAAUUCUGCAUUUCAGAAAUCACUAUGAGCUUACACGCAAAAAUCUCAUGGUAAAGAACCUUAAGCGUAUGCGUAAGCAGGUGGAGAGAGAACAGGGAAAAACUGAAGGACAAAGCUUGGAUUUUUUCCCCUCAACUUUUGAGUUGCCUUCAGAAUACCACAUAUUUGUUGAAGAAUUUAAAAAGAAUCCAGGCAUUGUCUGGAUAAUGAAACCAGCAGCUAAAUCACAAGGGCGAGGGAUUUUCCUUUUUCGAAAACUGAAAGAUAUCACAGACUGGAAAAAAGGAGAGUACCAGCCAUUGCAAGAUCCAAAUAUUCCCAAAGAUGUGCCAGAGACUUAUGUUGUUCAACGCUAUAUUGAAAACCCAUAUUUGAUUGGUGGAAGGAAAUUCGACUUAAGAGUAUAUGUUCUUGUUGUUUCUUUCAAUCCUCUGAAAGCUUGGCUCUACAGAGGUGGCUUUGCACGAUUCUCAAACACACGAUAUUCACUAGAUUCUAUUGAGGAUAACUAUAUUCAUUUGACUAACGUUGCUGUACAAAAGACUGCUCCAGACUAUGACCCAGAAAAAGGAUGCAAAUGGUCAACUCAGCAGCUACGCAAAUAUCUCACAGCAAAACAUGGGGUUGAAAAAAUGAAUCAGAUCUUCAGAGAUAUUGACAAUAUCAUUAUUCGUAGUCUGCAAAGUGUGCAGAAAAUUAUCAUAAAUGAUAAACACUGCUUUGAGAUGUAUGGCUAUGACAUUCUCCUUGAUGAUCAGCUGAAACUGUGGCUUAUAGAAAUCAAUGCAUCCCCUUCCCUCACAGCCAGUGGUAAAGAAGAUUAUGACCUCAAGUUUGGACUUCUAGAUGAUGUUCUAAAUGUAUUAGACCUUGAAAACAGAUUACAAGGCACCGAAAAACGUAUUGGCGGCUGGGACCUGCUGUGGGAUGAUGGACUGGUUUAUGCAGAGGAUCCAGCUCCAGAGGGCAGCAUAUGCACUGUGUGCAGCACCAACUCUUUUCUUGGCUGUCACAAUGACCGACGACAACAACUGAGGGAGAUCUACAAUACGAGUUUGGCAUCCAAAAAAAACGACAGCUACCAAGCAGUAACAAGUGCUGCUCUUAAGAAGUAAAAGAAAUAAAAAAUACUCCUUGGAAACAGUGCCUGUGAAAAAGUUUGGUUAUGUUCUAUUCUGUUUGUGUUGACUAGAAUCUUUUGCUGAAGGUCCAGUAAAAUGAAAGCUACUGCAGAAAUAACAGGAAAAAAAAAUGCAAAAACAUUUGUUGACAUUUCUUUAAAGAACUUUCCAUCAUCCAAAACUUCAGCUCUUUAUACUGGAUCUAUUUUUCAGUCUUCUGCUUAUUUUAUGUUCUUUGUGGUAUGGUAAUAUUUUUUCUCAUGAAAAAUAUCUUUGUGCUAUUUGAAUAUAAAAACAUCUUUUACAAAAGCACUGGGGAGUGGGUGGCAGGGAAUGGUAGCUGGAUGGUGGUGACUGUAUAUGGAAAAGUCUUGAAAGACAGAAGAGUUUGUAUGAUAUAGGAAGACCACUUGACAACAAACGUUGCAUGAUUUAGGGUGAUUCCUUUCUUGCCUGUGAUAGGAACUAUUAACUGCCUGGAUAGACCUGGAGACUUUGUCAUCACUGUCAGGGCAGAGGUGAUCCUUUGUCUAUACACUUAAACAAUUUGGUCAUGUUUGAGUGAGUGCGUGCAGGUAUACAGGUGGAUGUAGGCUUGAGACAUGCACUGAAGAAUGAAUUAUCAUUCCUUUAAUGUUCAGUAAUGCUGAUAUUAUGCUUCUUUGUCUAAAAUCAUUUGUAUGUACUAUUUGUUUUGACACCAAAUUAAAUGUCCCACACUUAUUGAGAUAAUAAAUCUAUUUUGUACUUUCUGCUUUACUUGUCUGUUUCUCAACCAUUUCAGUGAAUUUUCUCUUUUGGAAGAAAAUAUUCCAUCAUCGCUAGUGUAGCACAGUUUCCUGAUAUUGCUUUUGUGUACCUCCCUUUAAACAAAUAUUAAGUAGUUCUAAAAAUCCUUGUGAUUCUCCCAUUUCAUUGUGCACUGUCCUUCGCACAAACACUUUUUUCCCACUAACAGAGGCUGUGUUUUUAAAGACAGCUUCAUCACAAGAAGAAAUAUGAUGCACACAAAUGCAAAAACAAAUGUGAACUGAACUAAUAUCUUUACUCCCUGCACAAUUUCAACUGUAAAUAUCAAGCAAAAUACAAAACUGUGAUGUCAGAUUUCCGUAGGCAUUGUUGAACGUCUUCAAGGAAUUUCUACAAUAGUGCAUAAACCAUAAAUAAAUAUCCACGACCAUGCAUACAACUUAAAAUAAUUUUUUUUAAAGUUUAUGAAUGCAUAAUUGCCUGGUAGAUGUGCAAAUACAUGCAUGUAUCUUGGAAUCAAUAUUUAUAUUAUCACUAUAGUGAUGAUCUUAUUCUUGGAAACUAGUUUGAGUAAGGCUACCUAUUGAACAUAGCUUGACAUGUGUAAUCGCUCUGUAGAUUAGUGAGGUUACAGGCAAAUGUCAUGAGCAACUGUUUAAUGAGUAAAAUAGUGAUAUUUCUGAAUGCCUUGCUUCUUUUGUUUUCAAACCAGUGCCCAGAUCAUAUAUAAUAAUUCUUAAAAAUAAAAAAGUUAUCUGUUUCAUCACCUUUCUCUUAGGCUUUGUAACUGUUACAUUUUUGGCUGAUAUUUCUAGACUUACAAUGUUUCCUAGACAUUUGUGAAUAGAGAACACCUGAAGCUGAAAAUGAACAGAUGACAGAAGACUCUAUCACACAUGCUCAUUUUAUUUAUAACACAACACCUUUUUGGCACUUGUAGAAGAUGGUGAUA